AAACAUUUUCCUGCAGUCGCAGGAGGAAGUAGCUUCAACUUAGCGGUCAUCACCAGCAGAAAACGACCUUUAAUCAAAGACCUCACCAGCUAUUCUGAUUCAUACAGGUAUGCCACGGAAAGAUCCGUGUCAAAAGCAAGCAUGUGCGAUUCAACAGUGUUUACAAGCUAACAAAUACCAGGAGAGCAUGUGUGAGGACGUGAUCAGGGAGAUGCGGCGGUGCUGCGACUCUCAGGCUGGAAACUCCAUCUGCUGCUCCGGGUUCAAGGACUCCAAACCCACGGAGAACAAAAGUAACACAUAGCUCCGUCUAGCCCGACGCUUUUGAUGGGAAUACUGGAGAAAUGAGCAUUGUAUCAAUGUUUUAUUGACAGUGUCGUGGACUCGAAUAUGCCUUACUUUUCUUGUAUAGCACACCUGUCAUUGCAGAAAGGCAUAUUGGUACUAUGGGUCCUGGAGUUGUCACACAAAUAGGAGUAUGUCAUUAACUACACCUGUAAAUGUCCCACCUCUUUGGCACAACAUUCAUGGGACAUUAUGUAAGAUGGCAAAUAUUGUAUUUAUUAAAGAGAAUUGUUUCCUG